AUGCCGCUACCUGCAGUCUACGGAGCCGUGUACGCUUCGGCCACCAGCUCGGCUCCGGCCGGUAAGAAAGCAUUGCGUCACCUGGAAAACCUGCCGCUGCUCGUGGCCUCAGACUCGCUCGAAUCCAUGACGACGGAGGGCAAAUGGCUCCCUCGCUUCAUGCGCCGAGCAGUUGUGCGUAGCGUCGCCAACCGUAUCGCCGGUCUUAUAUUGGUGGGCACAUCGGCCUUCUUGGCCAGUUGCAUCACCACACUGGUCAAGGACGACACAAUAAAGCUAUCGGCCAUCGAGGCGCUGUUCUGGCGCUCUCUCGUGUCCUGGUUUCUUACCGUGGCGGCCUUAGCGACCACCAGCACGAAGAUGCGUGUGAAAAAGGAGUUCAACCGUCCGCUCACGCUUCGAUGUGUCUUUGGCUGCAUUUCAACGACUCUUACCAUUGGUGUGCUGGAGAAACUGGCGGUGUCGAAUGCCACCGCAGUCACAUACGUCAGCCCUCUGCUAGCUUUCGCGAUGGCCACCUUCUUCCUCAAAGAAAAACCGGGAGUUUUCACAGCAGUCUGUUCUGCUCUAUGCGUUGCCGGUGCUGUUUUGGUCGUGCGACCAGCCUUCCUCUUCGGCAAAAGCGGGUCAACUGACGCCAAGUGGUAUCACCGCUCGAUGGCAAGCUUCGUGACUUCGAAUCUGUUCGGCGAGUCGUUAGCCGUCGGAUGUGCCGUCGUGGUAGCUUUCAUGCAGGCGGGCGCUUAUGUAUCGCUUCGCAGCUUACACAAGGUGGAAUAUCUCGUUGUGAUGCAAUAUUAUCUUUUCACGAUGACGCUCGCCGCGCUGGCGGCGAUGCUAGGCAUUCAGCACGGCAAGUUCAAGGCUGGAACGUCUCUGGAGACUUGGGGCGCCAUCGUAGGCACGGGUGCGUUGGCAUUUGUAGAGCAGCUCUUCCUCACGCGUGGAUUUCAGUUUGAUGGCGCCGGUGUAUUGGCCGCCACGCGGCUCUUGCACGUUAGCUGCGAGUUUGCGUGGGGCGUCAUCCUGCUGGGCACUGCUUUGAACCCAUGGAGCGCCGGCGGUGCUGGUGUCACUGCGGCCGGCGUGCUUUUCCUCGCGCUUCGCCGAGUGCACACUCAUUGGGCAGCAAGACGCAGCUUGAGGAGGAUUCUGCAAUAA